UCCCCGCCCCCCCCACCCCCGCCCGGAAGUUUGCCAAAGAAGCCGGAGUCUGCGCGGGCGGGCUCUGUAUCCCCGCCGAAUAUGCCACGGGCGUCAAGAUCUCUCGGUCGGUAUUCAACUUGUCACGCUUCCUCGCAUGCCUUCCGACGGGCCUGGGAUUAAUUCUACGUGAGAUGCAUUUUCGGCGACGGACGACUCUGAUCCUCCUAAAGCACAGUUCACUGUACUUGGCAGGAACGGACUUCUAACAGCGUUCGCCCGGCAGCAGCGGAGCUUCCUGCGGGAUGGGAGGGCGAUGGCGACGACGAUGGCAGAACGCGUCUAUGUACGCCAUCCCGCCGAGCUGGCUGGGUCUUUCCCAAGGCUUCUUCGCCCGAAGGAUGAAGUAUUCGCUCCGACCGGCAUCCUACGUACCAAACCCAAAGAGCGAAUCGGCUUUCACCUGUCGUUUCCCGGGUUUCUCGCGGUUGUCUCUUUUCACUGCGUUUUUAACUCGGGCGGAGAGGGUGAGACCCACCCACUGGCUGCCCCCAGGUGCACCAGGCGCGUAGGCAAGGAAAGAAAGUUCUGCGUGGGGGUUCAACGAUGCAGUCAAGAUGCCAGAGAAUCGUAUACCUAUACUUUACUGCAAACUGUUGACGCCUGCGUAUUGGUGAGAAAAAAAGAAAAAAAAAAAGGCAGUGAAUAUUCGCCUCCAAAAAACCGGAUAAACUAUUGCCGCAAGGCACGUCAACGCCUGCGGCAAGGUUAAAAAUGCAUUGAAGCGCAGGCUCUGGCGUGGGGCCUUAUGCAUGAGGGAACUGAGAGAAUAUGUGGGGGGGCUAAGCCGGCCAGCGCAGCUUAGGGACGUUCGUCGUCUUCUCUGUCAAUCGCCUCUCGCCGAGUCCGUGGGAUACGGUCUGCCAACGAGGAUGUCCCGAUGCGCAGGAAAGACGCGAAAUCGACGUCGAGGAGGACGGCGACGGCAUACCGUCGCCGUGUGAGGCUGUUAGUCCAUGUACCAGACAAAAAUAGCGGAUCC